AUGUCUACUAUUGCAAGAAUCAAUACCCUUUUGUUAGAAGGACCUAUUGAUGCUAUAUGUUCAGCGACCGUUGUUUAUUUGACAAUGGAGAAUGGAAAUAUACCACCGUAUGACGUUGUUAAAGAUUUAGCUCAUCGUGCGGUGAAUAGCGCUUUAACAAAAAUCGAUGACGACGAACGAAAAGCAAUGAUAUCAGAAGUCUUACAAGGGAUGAAGAACGGAUACAGAAAUGUAGUCGGAUUGAACGCUAUAAGAGGAUUAAACAUGGUAUACUAUUCGGCCAUGAAUGCGAUUGCUCAGAAUCUACAUAAUGAGGAACCAGAGCUUGAUCAAACGAGAGAUAAAAUAGAAGAAAAUGUUGAUUUGUUGAAAGAGAAGCUUAAGCAUCCGAUAUUAGAAACAGACGUAUUGCUCUAUAGCGCUCUUAGAAAAGAAGUAAACGACAUUAAUCUUGCAGGUCUUUCAUGGACAGACCAUGAAGCAAAUAUGGUCUUAAGUGAUAAAUCGACUAUUCAACCGCGGGAAAAUAUGCGAUGCACUCUUUCUGAGCAAGUCGCUUCUACAUGCGACAACUUUAUUGAAAAUUUUGCUCAGAAAGAUGUUUCGAAAGAUAUGAAAAAUGUCUUCCACAACAGAAGAUGGAAGGAAAGCGAUUCGACCUUAGUACAAGUGGGUGAGAUUUGGAGCAAUCCAGCAUUUGCAACAAGAACGUCUCGCCGUGAGCAAAGUGAGGGAACAUACAUCACAGAUGUUAUAAUUCCUUUGCUUCGAGCGAGCCUAGUAGAUCUGCCAAUAGAUCAUAUAUGCUUAAGCACGGCAGAACGUCAAAGUGCUGCAAGCAAAGCUCGAAGAAAGGCUGAGGUUGGAAGUGGGCGCAGAGGUAAAAGUCCUGAUAUUAUGGCGAUAGAGAGAUGGGAAGAGAAGGUAAUCGAGCUUUUAUAUGUUGAAAGUUCACGUGUUGUCUGUACUGACAAGAAAGCAAAUGAUGAUUACGUAAAAUUGUGGAGGGAGACAUUAGAUGGGGUCAAUUACGUAAGUUCCCUAAUGCAGAAUCAAUUUGGUAUUGUUGGAAUACAAGUGGCCGGUGAGAUGAUAUUUCUCAAUGUCAUGAUGAACGACACUUGCGGGAUACCAAGGUAUUUCCAUCUCUGUGAAGCGGAAAUUCCUUUAACAGUAUCUAAGUCAUCAGGUGUAAAAACCCUCGUACAUUUGUUGUUAACAUUGAGAAACAUCUUACUUGUAAAUAAGAGUUUGCUUAUGCAAGCUUUAAAACAAGCUGUAUCUCGCCCACCUAGAAAUGUACAUCCCACAUCUACUGUUACAUCCCCGCCAAGUUCGCCACCGAGAACCAAGAGAAGCAGUGAUUAUGUGUAUUAUCAAGAUUUGCAAGCAGGACUACAGUCUCGAUCAUCGCUCAGUCUUUCACAAUUACCUACCAAUGUGUUUACCUUCGGUGGUUUGCCAACAUAUUCUAUUUCGCAAUUAACAAACGAACAACAAACGCCGGUGUAUAUAGACGGUUCCAAUCUGGCUAUGCAUGAACGACUAGUUACAGGUUCUAUUCAGCAACAGAACGACACCCUAUCUACUCGACAAAACCUGCUGACGCAUCAGCAGCAACGUCAACGGUGGUUGUCGCAGUACCCGUAUUCGAGACAGCGUGAAAUACAAACAUCAAGCGAAUUAUUUACGCCGCCGAUGCAAUCUGAACAUCAAGUGGACCGACAAAACUCGGUUCAAGACAUGCAUGGAGUUUUUCCGAUCGAGCAAUCGGAGUAUUUCCAAUCACAGGUCUAUCCAACAACGGGUAGUCCAAUUAUCUUUGAUUCGCACGAAACAAACAUUCAGCAGCAAAUGUCUCUACAGCAAAGUAACUUUGAUCGAUUAGUGACCGGGUUUCCAGAUAAAUCUUCUCAGAUGGAAAUCGACGAGCGAUCUUCGCGAUCUCAA